GUAUUGGGACGCGGCCUGUGCUCGCAGGUAAACAGAACUUUGUCCGCAGACAGUUUUCCGUGAAAAUUUGUUAAAGCGGGAUAAACCGGUGAGCUCCGGUGUGUGUGUGUGAGUGUGUGUGAGAGUCCCGGUGUGGUGUCCGCGCUGAGGCUGACCCGGGUCAGACCCGGGACUCGUGACGCGGGUCAAACUCUUUUCAUGUUCAAAGUUCCUGUUAGCCGUUAGCUUCAGUUAGCAUCGCUCCGCCAGCUGCCGGUUUAAACCCGGGUCUGACGGUUAGAACGGGCCGGGACCGGGACCGACGGGACCGGAGCAGUAGGGCACCGGUCAUAAACAACGUGUGCUGAUACGGAGAUCAGUCGGUGCCGGUUAGCUGUGUGCUGCUAGCCGGCUGCUACAGUCAGGAGCUAACGGAGCUAACUGACCGGCGGGUCAGAGCCGCUGGUACCGGGACUUCCCCCGCUCUCCCCCGGGUCAGUGACCGGCUGAACUCAGAGUUUACUGACUUUACCGGACGGGCAGAGACUGUGGAGCGCCGCUCUCUGACCUCGACAUGCUGUCCGCGUGACGGCGGCGCCACAGCCCCCUGUGGAGCCUCUGCGACCCCCACUGUGCUAUGAUUGGUCGGCUGCCGCCUGUCAGCAUGCAGCUGACCUAUCAGACGCUGCCGGCUCAGCUGAGGCGGAGCUCUAGACUCCGGAAGCUGACGGCCGCGCUGCUCGCCACCUACGCCAUCGGGAAGCUGUCGCCAUACAUCUGGAGGAGGAUCCAGAGGAGUGCAGCAGGUAAACAGCUGGGCGGGGCCAGCAGCUCCUCCUCAGUGGACAAGAAGAAGAGAGACAGCAGGUCUCCAUCCGUGAACAGGGACUUUGUCCUCCGACUGUCUCGUCUGUUGAAGCUGUUGUUUCCACGGUUACUGUGUCCAGAAAUCGGCCUGCUCGCCCUGCACUCCCUCACCCUGAUGACCAGGACAUUCCUGUCCAUCUACGUGGCUGCUCUGGACGGUGUGAUCGUCAGGUGUAUUGUCCAGAAGGACCCUCAGGCGUUCGUCCUUCAGCUCUCGAAGUGGCUCCUCGUCGCCGUUCCUGCAACUUUCAUCAACAGCGCCAUCAGAUUUCUGGAGGGUCAGCUGGCGCUCCGGUUCAGGAGCCGACUUGUCGACCACGCCUACCAGCUGUACUUCACCAACCAGACUUAUUACCGUGUCAGUAACAUGGACAGCCGUCUGUCCAACCCCGAUCAGUCUCUGACGGAGGACAUCGUCAUGUUUUCGGCAUCCGUCGCGCACCUGUACUCCAACCUGACCAAACCCAUCCUGGACGUGGUGGUCACCUGCUACACCCUGCUGCGCACCGCCCAGUCCAAAGGAGCUAACACCACCUGGCCCUCCGUCAUAGCUGGCCUGGUGGUGGCGCUCACUGCCAAAGUGCUGCGCUCCUGCUCGCCACGCUUCGGGAAGCUGGUGGCUGAGGAGGCAAAGAGGAAGGGCGACUUGAGAUACAUGCACUCACGCAUCAUCGCCAACUCCGAGGAGAUAGCCUUCUACGGCGGACACAAGGUGGAGAUGGCCCAGCUGCAGAGGAGCUACCGGUCUCUGUCGUCUCAGAUUCAUCAGAUCCUGCUGAAGCGUCUGUGGUACGUGAUGUUGGAACAGUUCCUCAUGAAGUACGUGUGGAGUGCCUCUGGCCUCGUCAUGGUGGCGGUGCCCAUCAUCACCGCCACCGGAUACUCCAAAUAUGGUAAAUACACCGUUCACACUCACGAAAUGAAUGAAAGCCUGCACCAUUCGUAUGGUUAUCAAUAACCUGGAAAAAAAAAAUUCCAGACCAGGAAAAUGUUUUGGAACACUAAAUAGAAGUUUUUGAAAAUUCAAAAACUGUAUAAUAACACAUGAUGCAUUUAAGGGACGCUGAUAAUUUCAAAAUCUUUAUUUUGUUGGUGUUACUUGUUUGUAAAAUUGUCAAAAAAUAUGA